AUCCGGGUGGGGGCAUGGAACCCGCGGAACCUGCGGGCCAGGCCCGGGCGGCGGCCACCAAGCUGUCGGAGGCGGUGGGCGCGGCGCUGCAGGAGCCCCGGCGGCAGAGGCGCCUGCUGCUGGUCAUCGUGUGCGUGGCGCUGUUACUGGACAACAUGCUGUACAUGGUCAUCGUGCCCAUCGUGCCCGACUACAUUGCCCACAUGCGCGGGGGCGGAGAGGGCCCCUCCCGGACCCCCGAGGUGUGGGAGCCCACCCUGCCGCUGCCCACUCCGGCCAAUGCCAGCGCCUACGCGGCCAACACCUCGGCGUCCCCGACGGCUGCGCGGCCAGCGGGCCCAGCCCUUCGUCCCCGCUACCCUACGGAGAGCGAAGACGUGAAGAUCGGGGUGCUGUUUGCUUCCAAGGCCAUCCUGCAGCUCCUAGUGAACCCCUUGAGCGGGCCCUUCAUCGACCGCAUGAGCUACGACGUGCCGCUGCUCAUCGGCCUGGGCGUCAUGUUCGCCUCUACGGUCAUGUUCGCCUUCGCCGAGGACUACGCCACGCUGUUCGCCGCGCGCAGCCUGCAGGGCCUGGGCUCAGCCUUCGCCGACACGUCUGGCAUAGCCAUGAUCGCCGACAAGUACCCCGAGGAGCCGGAGCGCAGUCGUGCACUGGGCGUGGCUCUGGCCUUCAUUAGCUUCGGAAGCCUGGUGGCCCCGCCCUUCGGGGGCAUCCUCUACGAGUUCGCCGGCAAGCGCGUGCCCUUCUUGGUGCUAGCUGCCGUGUCGUUCUUUGACGCAUUGUUGCUGCUGGCAGUGGCCAAACCCUUCUCGGCGGCUGCACGGGCUCGGGCCAACCUGCCAGUGGGCACUCCCAUCCACCGCCUCAUGCUGGACCCCUACAUUGCCGUGGUGGCCGGUGCGCUCACCACCUGUAAUAUUCCCCUCGCCUUCCUAGAGCCCACCAUUGCCACGUGGAUGAAGCAUACGAUGGCGGCUUCCGAGUGGGAGAUGGGCAUGGCCUGGCUGCCGGCCUUCGUGCCUCAUGUGCUGGGCGUCUACCUCACCGUGCGCCUGGCGGCGCGCUACCCACACCUGCAGUGGCUGUACGGCGCGCUGGGGCUGGCUGUGAUCGGCGCCAGCUCGUGCAUCGUGCCCGCCUGCCGCUCCUUCGCGCCGCUAGUGGUCUCGCUCUGCGGCCUCUGUUUUGGCAUAGCCCUAGUCGACACAGCACUUCUGCCCACGCUCGCCUUCCUGGUGGACGUGCGCCACGUCUCAGUGUAUGGCAGCGUCUAUGCCAUCGCCGACAUCUCCUAUUCGGUGGCCUACGCGCUCGGGCCCAUAGUGGCGGGCCACAUUGUGCACUCGCUGGGCUUUGAGCAGCUCAGCCUUGGCAUGGGUCUGGCUAACCUGCUCUAUGCUCCCGUCUUGCUACUGCUCCGCAACGUGGGUCUCCUGACGCGCUCCCGUUCCGAGCGCGAUGUGCUGCUUGAUGAGCCACCGCAAGGUCUGUACGAUGCGGUGCGACUGCGUGAGCGUCCUGUGUCUGGACAGGACGACGAGCCUCGCAGCCCGCCUGGCCCUUUUGACGAGUGCGAGGACGACUACAAUUACUACUACACCCGCAGCUAGCAUCCCCACUCCUCCUCCAGCCCACCCACCCGCCUUGGGUCGGGGCUGCUCUGCAAGCCCACGGGCCAGCUCUGGCUCAGGGCCCACCUCCUCCAGCCAGUACCCCAGCCCCUCCUCAACCUUGACUUCUGCCCAAAUCCCCUCCCUGUGACCCAUUCCAUAUCCCUUUCUCUCUUGUCCAGUGGGGCUUGGAGCACCGCGGCAAGCGAAGCCAUCGCGCUCCUUGCAGAGGUGAUGAGGACCCCGAGUCCCCACCUGUGGCUCCCCUGUGUAGAGCCUGCAUCUGUCUGUCCUUCCUUCCAUUGCUCUCAGUGCCAAACUUGGGCCGCUGCACAGCGGUGCCUCCGCCCAAAUCAAUAAACCGUGUCUGUC